UAAACAAUAAGAAGAAAUGAGUUUUAUUAUUGAUUAAAGAAAUAUUUACAAAAAAAUUAUAUUUUAAAAUAAUCAAUAUUUCUGAAGAAAACGCUUAGAUCUUAUACAAUAUAAUGAAAACUUCUAAUUACAAAAAAAAAAACGAUAAUAAUCUGAGCUGAUCACACCGAAAAAAUUAGCACGAAAAAAGGUUUAUUUUUGCCCAAAAAAAAUAUAACUCAAUAUCUCACUGCAAAGGGUGGUUAAGUUUUAAGGGCCGGUGUUGAUUUUGAAUAAAAUACAAUUGUUUUAGGAAAUUAUUGUCAUAUCUCUUUACUAUGAUAAUAUUGGUAUGGCUCAAUUACGCAUGGAGCAAAAUAUCGGCCAAAUGGCCGCAGCGGCCUCGGCGGCACACCUCCAUCCGAUGGUCCAAAUUUUCGAUGACGCUGAGGCAUAAUUGAGGUUCUAUGCCGUUAAUGUGCCGAAUUAUCUCAUCCUUUAGCUCUUGAAUUGUUGCUGGCUGACAUUCAACAUCGACCCUUGAAAUUUAACCACCCUUCAUUUUUGGAGCGAUGCAUCAAAACUUGAAAUGUGGUUCUUAUACAAUUUUUUUGCUCAAAAAUUUUUGCAUCGUAAAGAAUACAUAAAAAGUAUCAAAAAUUAUGUAAAAGUAACAUAUGUAAUGCAUAUACAAGGUGGCACAAAAUUAAUAAUCCAGUUAUAUUUUUCAAUAACUUUUUUACGAAAUAAAAAAUGGUUUUGAGCGAUGGAAAUCUUUUUACCUUUACGCGCUUCAUCACUCGUCUCCUUUUUUACUGCAGCUGUCUAGUCCGCAAGUGUCAAAUGUGAUUGACUUACGACGCCAUUUGCAAAAAUUAUAAAUCUUCCGAUAGGGUGAUUCAUUUUUGGACCUCCUCUGAUGUAAAGUAGAAACUUUCCUACUAUAUUUGGAACUUCUUAAUUAUUCUCAUCAAACAUAUUAAAAUAAUGAUUAUUUCCGAACUCUAAAAAUACCCACGUACGACAAAUAAAAAUAUUUCCAUGGCAGCCGGUUCUAUGUUACUGCAACAACCCGGCUUUAUACUCGGCCAAAGACUAUCACUCGAGCAGCAUUCCCAGUAAUUGUAUGGCGAUGUUUAUGCUGGUACAACAACACCAAAUAAAAAUAGAGGUUUUCACAGCGUUAGUCUCGUUAUUUAAUAGCUACACCUCGUGUUGCUAGUCGACCAGCUCCAUUUAUCACCUUAAUUUAUUUUAUAUUCGUUGCUUAUUUUAUUGUUAUUUACUGACUAAUAUUUUCACUAUUGACAUUGCUAAUUGCGCUCGACUAUUGUGCUCUCGAAACCAAUCGAAAGACUUUUCCAAAACAUCGCUUCAAUAAUGAAAAUGUUCUACACUGGUUUAGUUGGUUUGCUGGUGAUUUCGAAAGUUCACCUAAUUUCCACCGAAGUGCGCACCUUUUCACAUUUCAACUUGUCAGUGGUUUCCACCAGUUAUGCCAGAGUCGCGCAAAGAGUGUGCCACAUUGCAGCAGAAGUGGAUGCACGAGUUAAUUUGGUCUACACUUGCGAGCCGCAGGAUAGCACUAUGCACCACUUGGAACACCAAUUGCUGGAUUGUAUGCGUCAACUGCCCAUCUAUUCACUGCAGUUGGAACAACUCGAUUUAGAACUAACGCGCGACUAUGGCAGCUUGAGUGUAUUUCUGUUAGGCGAACUCAAUUCCACAGCCUCACUGACACACCUGCAACGCGUUUUAAAUGCGAAACAACCGCGUAAAGAUUUGCAUAAAUAUAUUCUCAUUUGGAGGAAUGCGCAGCUGGCGGAGCUUCAUAGCGUAUUUAGAGUGUUUUGGCGUAAACGUAUUUUAAAUGUCAUCGCUAUAACCAGCACCGCAGAGAUAUACACCUUUGAGCCAUUCACGCCCGAGGGAUUCGUUGUUAAACAGCUCAAACAUCAAAUAAAUUUUUAUGAUAAAUUGAAAAAUCUUCAUCACUACCAGUUACGCAUUUCAAUGUUCAAAGAUUUUAUACGCGCCAUACCGAAACAGCCACCACAAGCGGGCUAUGCUGGCGUAGAUGGGCUGAUGGCCAGUAGCCUUGUGACACAUCUGAAUGCCACCGUGGAGUAUGUGACACCUGUGGAUAAUGAGAACUAUGGUGCUUGUCUGGCGAAUGGCUCAUACACAGGAGUGCUGCGAGACCUCCUAGCCGACGCAACUCAUGCCAACUUCAAUGCACAAUUUGUAUUGCCCUGCGUGGCAGAGCAUAUCGAGACGCUAUAUCCCCAUGUCAAACGUAUACUGUAUGCGGUGGUGCCGGCGGCGGAAAUGUUUCCCGCAUAUUUGAUUUUCGUCUAUGCCUAUGAGGAUGCGUUAUGGCGAGCGCUAUUGGUAUUUUUCAUUUUGAUUGUGGUGGCAUUUGCUGUACUCAAAUAUUGCAUCGAGAGUUUGCGAAAUGUUGAGAAAAUGAAAAAUGGGAGUUUAUACGAUUUGAUCGAACUCUUUUGGAAAACUCAAUUGGGUCUGCCUGUGGAUUAUUUUUCAAACACCAAUUGUCUACGUAUGUUCUUUAUGGCUUGGCUACUUUUCAACUACAUUAUGACUACCAUUUAUCAGGCAAAAGUCGAGAGUAUUUUUGUGCAUCCUUCCUACUACCCAGAAAUGGAUCGCUUAGAUGAUUUGGUUAACUUGAAUGUCCCCAUAUUUGGGGUGGAAAAUAUCUUUACUGCGGUGAAGCCAGCUUUAAAACCCCACCAUUGGCAUGCCAUCGAGCAGCGUGCAGCCUAUUUGCCGGCUCAUUUCUCUUCUUUUCAAUUUGGAGUGCCAAUAAGUGAAAAAAUAAAUGGGCGCGUGGCUUUUUUGUUACGCGCCGAAACAGCCAAGGACUUGCUGGUGAAGACGUACGAUGUGGAGCAGCAUCUACCGCGAUUUCAUGUGGUUAAGGAGCGGCUGCUGUCAAUGCCACAGACUUACUUAGUAGCAAAGGGUUCCCCAUUUCGUUAUAAGUUUCAAGAAUUCGAGAGUCGUGCUUUUGAAAGUGGGCUAUUUGAUUAUUGGGCACUGCGUCGUUUACACGGCGACAAUGAGCGCUCACCCAGUUUGGAGGAAUUUCGCGAUGAAUUGCCGGAAGAUUUAGAUUUUGAUACAAAGGAAAGUGAUGAUUUUAGUGGCGCGAAUGAGGUGAAGAAAAAAGUUGUGCUGAAUUUGAACAUAUUACAAGGGCCCUUCUACAUAUGGGGUUUCGGUUUAUUGUUCAGCGUUUUUGGCUUUAUGCUGGAGUACGCAUAUUGGUGGUAUAGUAGAACGCCAGUGAUUGUGGUUUAGGUGGAGUAGAAAGAAAAUUCGAAAUUUAUAUUGCACAAAACAAAAUUAUUUAAAUAAAAGGUCAUACAUACACUUUGCUAUUUCUCUAUUUCUGCAUAGAGAUUUUAUCGUGCGUUUGACGAACGUUAGGUUUGAGGAAGAUUAGUGAGUGCAAUAAUUAUUUUUUCUUGAGCUUUAAACUGGAUGUCAUUAAGCGCUGUUAGUUGUUGUGUUCAACAUAAGGGACCGCUCGUUUCUGAUUAACACUUAAUGACAGUCGGUAAUGCGAACGGCUGUGCUGAAUGCAUUGGUUUCACUGUUCCCACGACAGUUGGUUCUACCUUAAAGGAACGACCCAAAUUUAUAUCCGACUAAGGACUGCCACUCCAGCAUUACUCCCCGUACAUGUAUGGAGAAUGUUUAUGCUAGCACAACAACAACAACAUUGGUUUCACACGAAAUGGAAUCGAACAGCGUUACAUAAAGCCAGCGGCUUAUGCAAUUUUUAAUAUGGGAAAAAUGCGCAAUCCACAAAGGAAAAAAAUACAAUAUAUAAAAAACUAAUAAGAUUUUUUAGAAACAUCAAAC